AUGGAAGUACAGAUGUGGAAACAUUUCAAAUUUGUUCCUAAUUCUGUAAAUUUUUCAUGUCAUACAGAUGAAAAAUUCAAUGAAUUCGAUACUUUACUGCAUUCUGAAUGGGAUCGUGCUGUUACUCAAGGUCUUUUUAUAUUUCCAAUUGAUUAUCAUACUAAACGACGAAUACUUGAAGAUGGAGAUCUGCAAUAUAUUAUUGAAUUUAAUCGUGAUCGAAAGGAAAAACGUCGAGUGCCAUAUCCAUUUGAAAUAGUGAAUGCACCAUUUGAUAAAAAGAAAUUUAAUUUUAAUAAAAUAAAAGAUGAAGAAAUUCUUUUUUCUUUAGACAACGAACAACAAAUAGAUAAACAUUUAGUAAUAAUUAACAAUGCACCUAUUCGUCCUUAUCAUCUAUUACUUGUACCUGAUCGUCUGCUUGAACAAACACAAGUUCUUACUAGUGAUUGUAUUGUAUUCGGAUUUGAAUUUGUUGCUUCAAGUGGUCAUCCAUAUAUUUUGGCUGGUUUUAAUUCACUUUGUGGUUAUGCAUCAAUAAAUCAUUUACAUCUUCAUGGAAUGUAUUCUCCUGAUCGUUUAUUUCUUCAGACAAUAAAAUGUUCUCCAUUUCAUGCAAAAUCAAAUUGUUAUCUUUCGGAUUUAUUUUACACUCAAGCAUUUGCUUUCGAAGUUCAACAUGUUGACGAAUUCCAUAGAAUUGCUCAAUAUGUGUAUAAAAUAACAAAUUAUUUAACUUCAAAUAAUAUUGCUCAUAAUAUGACGAUUGUAAAAGGUGAUUCAUUUUCAUCAUCAGAAAAUGUUUUACGUAUAUUUCUUUGGUUUCGUCAAUCGGUUAUUAAUGGAAAAAAUUUUGAUCGAUGUAAUUUUGCUUGUUUUGAACUAGCUGGUUAUAUGACACUUCACAGUGAAGACGUUUACAAUAGUUUGACAGAAUCAGAAUUAUGUCAACAUAUGAAUGAUAUAGCUUUAUCAUCGGAAGAACAAAAACGAAUUAAAGACGACGUAAAAAGUUUAUUAGAUGAAUUAGUUUAA